GAGGGGCGGAGCGGGGAGCGGCUCGCCGGGGCCUGGCUGGCCGGCAGAGGCCGGAGCCGGAGCCGGAGCCGGAUCCCGAUCCCGAUCCCGAUCCCGAUCCCGAUCCCGAUCCCGAUCUCGACCUCGAGGAGGCCGCGAGGCUGCCCGCCUCCCAUCGCAGUCGACAUGCGGUACAACGAGAAAGAGCUCCAAGCGCUGUCCCGGCAGCCGGCGGAGAAGGCGGCGGAGAUCGGGAUGCGGGUCCCUAAAAAGGGCAGCGUGGUGAAACGGAGGCUCGUGAAGCUGGUGGUGAAUUUCCUCUUUUAUUUCCGGACAGAUGAAGCAGAGCCCAUUGGAGCCCUGCUUCUGGAACAUUGCCGGAUCACCAAAGAAGAGCCAAGUGGCUUCUCUAUCAGUUUCAUUGAAGAACCUGACAGGAAGUACUACUUUGAGUGCAGCAGUGAGGAGCAGUGCCAGGAGUGGAUUGAUGCCUUGAGGAGAGCAAGCUAUGAGUUCAUGCGGAGAAGCCUCAUCUUUUAUAGGAACGAGAUCCAGAAGAUGACGGGAAAGGACCCCCUGGAGCAGUACGGCAUCUCCGAGGAGGCCAGGUUCCAGCUUAACAAUCACCAGGCAUGAGCAUCUCUUCUAAGGAAAAAGUCCAAAUUGGUCCAAUCCCUGUCUACCAGUGUUCACACCAAUGACUAUUGGGGGUGGGGGGAAGAGAAGAGGAAAAGCUUUACAAACCUUGGGCCUCCCACAGGAGGCCUUACCCUGGGACUGACAAUGGACUGCCUGAAUUGCUUCAACCAAGUCUGAGCCCAGAAGGAAGAAGGGGAUGAAAUGGAGGUUUUCUAAUCUGAUUGAAAAGCAACCAAGGACUAGAGUCAGGGCACCUCCAAGCAUCCUUCACUAGAGCCAGGCAAGGCAGAGUGCUCCCCAGGCUUGAGGGCUGUAGUUGGGGUCUCAGAGGGUCAGGGCUAAGCAGCAAUCUUCUUGAACAGAUGCCUUCUUUCCUCUGCAGGUGAGUACAAAGUCAAUGUGGAAGGGGGAAGGAAGCCAUUAAUGAGCUUGGUGCUGUUAUGGGAGCUGUCCUCCCAGCCCUUCCCAGAAUAAGCCUGCUUAUCACCUGAUCUUAGGGGUUGUGAGACUCAGUUGUGUGGCCUUGGGUAGGUCAUUUCCUUAUCUGUAAAAAGAGGGCGGACUAGAUUCUCUCUUCUGAAGUCUCAUGCCAUUUGGGCCAGAGGGGUGAGGAAAAGGUAGGACAGACCUAGCAAAAGGCUCUUAGAACAUUGGGCAACACCCUCUUCCCUAAAAGCUUGUUUCUGUAGGGUCUCAGUCAAGCCUCACUAACCCUAUCGGCGAAGCGGAAUUUCCCACUUCUGAACACAAGCCAGAAACUUGGAAGGGGAUGCUAUAGUUUGAGCAAAGUAAAUAAGUCUUGUGUUGGCCCCUGUCCUCCCCAGGCCUCAUAGGCUACAGGGGUGAUUAAAGGAGCAGAUCUGAGAGAAGAUGCCCACGGGAGGCUCUCGAUUUCUAUCUCCCCAUCCACUUGAAUGGAUGAUACUAGACGAUGCUGUGAAUGGCUUUUUUUUGGGGGGUGGGGGGUGGUGGUUGAUUCUAUUUGGGGCACCAUCUACUUGCAAGAAGCUCUGCUUUUCAUUUCUGCUUCUGUCAGGGAAAUGGCUCUCCAGGUACUAUUGUAGGGUCUUGUGGAUUUGGAAUAAAUGUCUUUUUUCAAGAUG